UGCCAUUCAGUAUCCGGGGGCGAUAGUGUGGCCGGCGACUGAGUGGGUUGACGUUGAAGAGCAAAUGGUUUCUAGCGGCGAAAGCGGUGAAGUGAGAGAAAAUCGGUGGCUAGGGCCAAUAUUUGGUUAAGAUCGAGUAGGGAAAGCUAAGGGUAAGGGUGUUCGGUCCAACAACAUUGCCGUCUUCUGAAAUUUGACGAAGAAGAGGAAAUCGGCGUCGGAGAUGACAGCGGUGCGAUAGAAAACUUGUUGGGUUAGAGACCAGUGCGGGACGAAAAUUUUUUGCCUGCAAGAUUUGAGUGAGAGGUCUCAAAGGUGUAGCAUCAAUGGAUUCACAGGGCCAAACAACUUCAUUGCAGCGACUUCAGAAUGUGGAGAAGAGAAUUGUCAAGGUUUUAGAGUUAGCAGGAGGAGUCAUGGAUGAGCUUGCAAGCUCUACAGGUCCUAGGAAAGAUGUAGUCCAAAAUCACUGCCUGGAAUUCAUGCAAUUAAUCAAGGACAUCCAGGUGGCAUUGCGUGAUGAAAUCAAAAGUGCUUGUGAGUAUCGUCCAUUUGAGAAGUGCUUUUAUGGUUCAAGAAUAGCCAAUGAGAUUUGCUUCAAGAAACUGGAAUUUGUUAUAUCACAGUUGGAUGGAAUGAAAAAGACAAUUGAUGAUUAUGACGGAGCGGUCUGAUAUUUACAUAGGAGCCCAGAGAACCCCCUGGUUUUGAAUUUAUUGAUUGGGGGAUUUCUGUAUCUAGUUAUUUUAAUAGCCUCAUCCAAAUAUUAUGGCCUCUAUCUGAUUUGACAAUUCUUGUUUGUUGGUAUAGCUAUGGCAUGAGACGCGUUGUGGUGUCAUUUUGGGUAUCACUUAGCUUU